GAAGUUCUUCAUUUUGUUUUUUUGAUCUUUUAUAACGUGUCUAUGGAUAAGCAUAACAGAUAUAUGACCAAGGAUGGUGGUCGCAGUAUUGUGUUGGAGCGGCAGCAGCGCAUCUCAAUAGAAAGUAACAGUCACAUGUUGAUCAAGAACACGCAAACCCAGGUGCGAGAACUUUACCGGCGCGACAAUCGAGAGUCGGGACAUUCACUUGAACCCAAGAAGUCAUCGUCUUUGAGUGAUACCAGAAUAAUGGCGACACGCGACCAAGUAGAUUCGUUGAAUAGGCAAAUUGAGAAUGAAAUUGGACGAUUGAAAUACUUUCGUGAUUAUUUUCUCCGUCCGGAAGUCAAAGCCGCUGCCGCCGGCGGCCCCAACGCCAUCAGGGCGUCCAUUCAGCAGCAGAGGCAGCAGUUUAAUCAAAUUUGCAGACAGAAUUUAAACGCCACGCGAAAUAAUAAUACUGAUAAUAAUACGACCAUCGAUGAAGCCCAGUUGCAGUAUACAGAUCCGAUAUUUUCGUUGAAUAUUCCUGGCGCAACGCCACGACCAGAGGUACCAUCGAAACCACGUUUUCGUACACUGGGUGUGAAGCCAUUGUCGAAGGAGGAGAAGGAAAUGAUAGACACGAUGGAAACAACGGAUGCAACGGACAUUGAUUCAGAUGAAGUCAGUCGGGAGCGGAUUAGUGGUGGCUGCACCUUUAGUCACUGUUCGGUCUAUCAGGAUGAUUAUAGUCAAUCAGGGAUAAGUCCACAUCUAGUGCUUCCUAUUUCAUCACCUUUAACUUCACCUUCACAUUAUCAUGGGACAAAUAGAUGCUGUUGUUGCAAGUGCCAGCAGGGACAGACAGCAGGUAGCAGUUCUCCCGUAUCGUUUCGAUAUUCCACGGGUGAAUCGCCCUAUCACCACCAAUCACCACUAGCACCAGCAGCAGCAGUAGUAGCAGCUCCUCAGCAUUAUCCGAAUGUCCAACCCUAUUAUAUGUGUUCAUCACCACAUCCGAAUUAUUCGAGGCGUGUAACUGAUUUGAAUACCGAAGACUUUUGUCGGCAUUGGUGUAGAAAUAUGUUAGACUCAAGAUCAGCAUCCCAUGAUAGAAGUUCCAGGACAACAACAACCAGAGGCUCGACCAGGGCUACUUCUCCACGAUCACGCAGUGUGAGCAGAAGUCCUUCUGCAGGUAAAGGAAGAUUCGAUUACCACUUAAAAAACAAAUUGAAAGAGGCUGGCGUUAGCGAUUCCUCCUCUCUGGCCCACUAUAAAGUGCAAAAUUAUGAGAAGAUUACGAAGGUAACCCUACGUAAGCAGUCACCAGCGGCGGAUCAUAAAAUGUCCAAAAGAUCUGACAAUGAGCAGAUGCAUAUCAAAGACUAUGUGCCAGCAAAGACACCUCCAGAUGGUAAGGAUGCGGCAACCAAUAAGAAGAAAACAGGCACGUACAAUAAAUACAUGACCGUGUACGAGAAAGACCAUAAUAAAUCGUUGGAAAGUAGUUCCCCGCUGGAUAGUCCUAAUGUCGAGUCUACUCCUACAUAUACGAAAAUUCAGGGAAAGAGUCCCACGCCCACUAUUCGUACAUAUGGCCCAACCAAAGCUAAGCCCCAAACGCAAUCGAAUGAAAGUAACUCUAGUCGAGACUCGUCGAAGUCCUCGAAGCUGCCACUAAGUACAAGAAGACUAGCCUACCAACCACAUCAAGCUGGCUACAAAAAAAUGGAUGAUAAAACUUCAGACUCUGCCCAACGGACCAAGGAUGUUACACCUUCUAUUCCCAGUGCCCCAAAACAGGAGUACCGACAAUCGAUUGAUAAAACUUCUAAAUUUCAGUCAGAAUCGGACUCUGCCCAACGGUCCAAAAGGAUUACCUCUCCUUCUACCCCAAAACCGGAGAAUCGACAAUGGAUUGAUAAAACUUCCAAAGUUCAAUCAGAAUCGGACUCUGCUAAACAGACCAAAAGGAUUCCCCCUCCUUCUGCCCCUAAACAAGAAUAUAGACAUUCAAUUGAUAAAACUUCGAAAGUUCAAUCAGAAUCGGACUCUGCCCAAAGGACUAAGAGGCUUCCAUCUCCUACAGGAAAACAGGAGUACCGACAAUCGAUUGAUAAAACUUCUAAAUUUCAGUCAGAAUCGGACUCUGCCCAACGGUCCAAAAGGAUUACCUCUCCUUCUACCCCAAAACAGGAAUAUAGACAAUCAAUUGAUAAAACUUCGAAAGUUCAAUCAGAAUCGGACUCUGCUGAAAGAACUAAGAGGCUUUCAUCUCCUACAGGAAAACAGGAGUAUCGACAAUCAAUUGACAAAACAUCGAAAGUUCAAUCAGAAUCGGAGUCUGCCCAACGGGCCAAAAGGAUUCCCCCUCCUUCUGCCCCUAAACAAGAAUAUAGACAUUCAAUUGAUAAAACUUCGAAAGUUCAAUCAGAAUCGGACUCUGCUGAAAGAACUAAGAGGCUUCCACCUCCUAAAGGACAACACGAGUAUCGACAAUCGAUUGAUAAAACUUCCAAAGUUCAAUCAGAAUCGGACUCUGCUAAACAGACCAAAAGGAUUCCCUUUCCUUCUGCCCCAAAUCAGGAAUAUCGACAAUCAAUUGAUAAAACUUAUAACGCUCAUUCAGAAUCAGACUCUUCCCAACGCACUAAACGGGUUCCAUCUCCUAUUCCUAGUGCCGCAAAUCAGGAAUAUCAAGCAGCAGAGGAUUUGGCAGGUGAAAGAUCAAGAAACGAAGUAGUGCCUAAAGAAAAUCAAGUAGAUCAAAGUCAACGACUUCCAGACGAUCAAAGUAAUGGGAAAAAGGAGAAAGAAGCCAUUGAACCAAAAAUAGGCACAGAUCAGAAUGAAAUACGAUCGCUAGAUGAGGGGAAGGAGGAAUCGACAAAAUUUAUCGAGAAUCAUCCACAAGGAGCUACCACAUCUGCUGCCUAUAAAUCUCCCAUAAAAGAAUCUUCGCCUGAUGCAUUGAGAGAUAAACACGACGAUCAGCCUAGUCGAAGGUUAAGAGACAACACAUCUAAUGAGUCGAUGAGAGAAGGGACAUCUCCUUCCCGACCAGAUUAUUCUCAGAACAUGCGGGAUUCCUAUGAUGAUGGUCGUCAAAUGCAACGGCAACGGCCAGUUUUCGAACAUUCUCGAGAUAAGGACUCUGAUUCGGGCUUGGAACGGUAUUCCGAUUCUGGGAAUCAACCACAAACGAACUACAAUCGCCAGCCGAUGGCGCAAACCAAGACCGAUCCUAACGAUGGACGUUGGGGCAUUGAAGGAGGACAUCGUCUUUCGCUCGCAUCGAAGCCGAUUAGUGGGAUACCCGAAAAAAGAAUGGAAUUGGCCACGGGAGAAGUUGCGAGUACCACAUCGAUAUGCCGUACCUGGUCCCAACGUAGCGUAUCCAUUAAACGGCCUGAACAAGAGGGUGGCUCCUACCUGCGAAGGGAAACUCAGCGAUUCAACAAGGAGUGUGUUCGUUAUAUAACAACGGACAUUGGUCCAGAUGCGAAGAUAUCACAAACUAGCACCAAAAAGCGUGAAUUCUCCUCCACACAAGGAACACAGACAUUGCAUAAAAAACCAUCAAUAUUGGAGUUAGAUUCACCUUAUCCUCAACAGGAUGGUCGCCUGUCCGGAACAAUAACACCAGCAAUACCGAAAAAGCUAGAAGAGAGACUCACACAAACCGAAAUUCUCAGUCGUGAAGAGAGGCCCACUCAGACCGAAUUGUUGGAGGCCAACAGAGAAGAGAGACGUACACAAACGGAACCAAAUGAAAGACACGAAAGGCUUACACAGACCGAUCUACUGACAAGGGACAGACACGAGAGACUUACUCAAACAGAGCUACAGGAAAUGCCACAAAAUGAGGUAAGAGCUCAGACAACUAACGGUCCCCCUACUCCUAAAAAUGUCUCGGGGGACAAGUCUGGUAGUUCUACACCGCGAAAACGAAAUCUACAAUCAUCUGCAUCUCCUCGUCAAAGUAAACAAAUCGAAAAGCCACAUCAACUACCUAAGGGCCAACAAACAAAGGAUUCAAAUCAACAACAGGGUAGGCCAGAGCAAUCUCUUCUGCAGGGUCCACAACGACGAGCUUCAAUGUCCUACUAUAAUAUGAAUGGACCAGGACAAAAGCCACUGCACACUGCAUCUUCCCAGAACCAACAGCCAGCAUCUUCUAGAAAUUAUUCACAAUAUGGAAAAGAAAGAGCUAGCUACUCACAGGCGGAAUCUCAAGCAAAGUCAAGGCAGUUGGCGGUUCAUGGUGUGCAUCAAGUGCCCACCCAGCAUGAUCUGAAUCCUGAACAACCAAGAGCAGCAACUCGACCACAAUUGGAAAGAAGAAUUCGUAAUGAUUUCGGCAGACAAAUUGCAGACCCUGAAGAAAUCAUAUGCCAACAGUAUGAUCGAGAAGAUUUACAAAGUAGACACGCAGUUCCAGGGUCAAACAGAUAUCCCAAUGAUCAAAUUCCUUCGAAUCGAAGUAGACGCGAUCAAUUAAACAAUUCCUUUCAGUCUGGCGAACCAUCAACCAAUACAAUGCAAAGAUCUAUGCCACAAUCGUAUGUCAACUCGUAUGAAUGGUGCGGCGGGUCAACCUAUGAGAAGAAUGCGAAUAGCGAAAGAUGCACCACCUUCAGUCGCAGUGCUAUGCAACGCUCAAUCGAUAGCAACGAUGACAUUCUCCCAUCGGAGACGGACGAGCCAUGUUGUAGCUACAUUGAUAAUGAUGAUGGUGAUGAUGACUACAAUGGUCGACAGCAAAUGGCUCUCAUUUCUCAAGCGCCAUCGACAUCGUAUUGCCAACAGCAGGCACAGGAGGCAUAUAAUCUACAGGAGGAGGAUAUAUAUUCGCAAUAUCCCAUGCAUAAUUCUGUUCAGGAUGACGUUAUAACCAUGCCCAUUUCAGCAUAUACACGGCAUAGUAGAACUCAUCAACAUCAGGAUAUGGCUGAUUUGAGGCGAGCCCAAGGUUUGCCAAGGGAUUCUUGUAUAAAUAGCAACAAAAUGGUUGCCGAUAAACGUUCACGGACGGUUAAGUUUAACGAUCAGAAUGACGAGAUUUGCCCCGCAGAGAGACAGCGCAGCUCAAUAGAUUGGGAGAAAGCAUAUCAAAAUGGUUUAGUCUUGGAUAAAAUGAAUUUGGCUCAGUUGAAUGAAUCACCGGCCGACGAUGAAGACGCCAUGCAAACAUUCCGCUCAAGCAGCUCAAACAAUACCGAUGUUACUUGCAUUGAUUCCAAUUGCGAGGAUGAAUACGUCACAUGUGAUGAGGAGGAUGAUUUUAUGAAAAAUUUACCACCCUUUCAAGGCUGUCCCUGUAUGCUAGAGACAUAUUAUCAUUUGGCUUCAAUCCGCUCGGACAGAUAACUCUUCUUUUACACACCCAUUUAGACCGUCUCACACUACUUUUCUCUAACUUUCGCUAAAAACAAUAAAAUUGUACGCGCUGUUUCUUUUUUUUUUUAAGAUUUGAUCAGGAUUUGUGUAAACCUAGAUAAAUACAUACAAUAAAUUUGAGUUAAACAUGUAAAAAGUGAGAACGAUAAAAAAAAAAGAACCAUAAGCCAAUA